AAAGUCACCUGUUUCAUGCUACAUCACAUUGAGGAGCCAUGUUCCCUGGGAGCUCAUGCUGCUGUUAUUGUGCCUCCCACUUGGAUCAUUAAGGUGAAGAAACCUCAGAACUCAUUGAAGACUUCAACACGGCGAAAGAAGAGAACGUCUUUUAAAAGAAAAGCCAGCAAAAGAGGCAAUGAAGUAGGUAUUCAAGAUAACAAGGGUCGGCCAUUUGUGAUAAAGCCUAUCUCCUCUCCACUCAUGAAGCCACUGCUGGUUUUUGUCAAUCCAAAAAGUGGAGGAAAUCAGGGCACCAAGGUUCUCCAAAUGUUUAUGUGGUAUUUGAAUCCACGCCAGGUCUUUGAUCUCUCUCAGGAAGGGCCAAGAGAUGCGCUGGAGCUGUACAGAAAAGUGCCAAACCUGCGGAUCCUGGCCUGCGGCGGGGACGGGACGGUGGGCUGGAUCCUCUCCAUCCUGGAUGAUCUGCAACUCAGCCCCCCGCCUCCUGUGGCUGUCCUUCCGCUUGGCACUGGGAAUGACCUUGCCCGCACCCUCAACUGGGGUGGGGGUUACACAGAUGAGCCAGUGUCCAAGAUCCUGUGCCAUGUAGAAGAUGGGACCAUUGUCCAGCUGGACCGCUGGAACCUCCAGGUUGAGCGCAACCCUGAUUUGCCGCAGGAUGAGUUGGAGGAUGGGGCACGUAAGCUUCCACUCAGUGUCUUCAAUAAUUACUUCAGCCUUGGAUUUGAUGCACAUGUUACACUGGAGUUCCAUGAAUCUAGAGAAGCAAAUCCAGAGAAAUUCAACAGCCGAUUUAGAAAUAAAAUGUUUUAUGCAGGGGCAGCCUUUACAGACUUUCUGCAAAGAAGCUCAAGAGAUUUAUCCAAGCAUGUUAAAGUUGUGUGUGAUGGUACAGACCUGACUCCAAAGAUCCAGGAGCUGAAGUUCCAGUGUAUAGUGUUUUUAAACAUACCCAGGUAUUGUGCUGGCACAAUGCCCUGGGGAAACCCUGGAGAUCAUAGAGACUUUGAACCUCAGCGCCAUGAUGAUGGCUACAUUGAAGUCAUUGGGUUCACCGUGGCCUCACUGGCUGCUCUCCAGGUGGGUGGUCACGGAGAAAGGUUGCAUCAGUGCCGUGAGGUGACACUUUUAACAUACAAGUCUAUUCCCAUGCAAGUGGAUGGCGAACCAUGUCGAUUGGCUCCCUCACUCAUUCGAAUCUCCUUAAGAAACCAAGCCAACAUGGUGCAGAAGAGCAAGAGGAGAACAUCCAUGCCUUUGCUGAAUGAUAUCCAUAAAGUGCAGUCUGCUGACCUGAGGAGAGUCUCAGCUCCCCCCGAUUCCUUCACUGUUCCUCAUUCCAUCCCAGAUCGCCUGCGGAUCAGAGUGAACAGGAUUAAUUUACAAGAAUAUGAGGGGCUACAUUAUGACAAGGAAAAACUCCGGGAAGCUUCCAUUCCCCUAGGAAUUAUAGUGGUACGAGGAGAUUGUGACUUGGAGACUUGUCGUAUGUACAUUGACCGUCUACAAGAGGACCUACAGUCGGUGACUUCUACUACACAGAGAGUUCAUUACCAGGACCAAGAAAGCUCUUUCCCCAGAGUACUUUCUGUUCAGAAGCUCUCUCCUAGAUGGUGCUUCCUAGACGCAACUUCUGCUGAUCGUUUUUACCGCAUUGACAGAUCUCAGGAACAUUUGCACUUUGUGACGGAAAUUUCGCAGGACGAGAUUUUUAUUCUGGACCCAGAGCUGGUAAUGUCACAGCAGGGGGGGACGCCACCAGGAAUGCCUGAUCUGGUAGUGGAGCAGGCCUCUGGAAUAUCGGAUCGGUGGAACCCUGCAGUUCGAAAGAGGAUGCUGAGUGACAGCGGCCUUGGCAAGAUUUCCCCACACUACGAGGUACCUGACAAACAAAAGGACGCCAGCCAGACACAUAUGCUGCAGUCACCGGUCUCUUCAGAAGAUCAAGCACUUUUACAGGCAGUCAUAGCUGGUGAUCUGCUGAAGUUCAUAGAAUGCUGUAAAAAAGGAGCCAAUUUGUUAAUCCAAGGACCUGAUCACUGCUCCUUGUUGCACCAUGCUGCCAAGACUGGGCAUGGUGAGAUUGUGAAAUACAUCCUGGAGCAUGGUCCAUCUGAAUUACUGGACAUGACAGACAGUGAAACGGGUGAGACAGCAUUACAUAAGGCAGCCUGCCAGCGCCAUCGUGCCGUCUGCCAGCUCCUGGUAGAUGCGGGAGCCUCUCUGAGAAAGACGGACUCCAAGGGUAAGACCCCUCGUGACAGGGCUCAGCAAGCUGGUGACCCAGAUCUGGCCUCCUACCUGGACAGUCGACAAAACUACCAAAUGGUUUCCCACGAGGAUCUGGAGACAGCAGUCUGA